AUGGAUAAGCAACAUGAAGAUAGUGAAGAAAAUAAAGCACGUCCUGGUAUAUUACUUGAUUCUGAUGAAAAAUCUUCUCCUCAUCAUCGACAUCUUCAUCAUCGACAUUCACUUGGUUACCCUUUGCCAUCAUUAGUGGAACUUCAUAUUCAUCUUGAUGGUUCUUUUCGACAUUCGACAUUAUUUGAAUUAGCUCAAAAGAAAGGUUUACACCUUCCUAAUGGAAUGGAACCAACAAUGGAAAAUUUUCUACCAUAUAUUUGUGUACAAUCAGUUUGUCAAUCUCUUGCUGAAUUUCUUGAAAAAUUUCCUUUCUUUAUACCAAUGGUGGCUGGUAAUGUUGAAGCACUUGAACGUGUUGCAUAUGAAUUCGUCGAAGAUCAAGCUAUACAAGGUGUACUUUAUACUGAAGCUCGUUAUAGUCCGCAUGGUUUAACAGCUGAUAAGCUUAAAGCACAAGAUGUAAUUGAAGCAAUUAAUCGUGGCCUUCAACGUGGAAUGAAAGAGUUUUUUAUCGAUGUACGAACAAUAUUAUGUUGUAUACGAUCACAUCCUCAAUGGUCAAUGGAAAUUGUGAAUUUAGCUGAUAAAUAUCGUUCAGCAGGUGUUGUCGGUAUUGAUCUCGCUGGUGACGAACAUAGUUAUCCUCUUGAUCCACAUAUUCCAGCGUUUAAACGUGCAGUUGAACUUGGUAUACAUCGUACAGUACAUGCUGGUGAAACAGGUUCACCUGAAUCUGUUCGUCAAGCAAUCGAACUAUGUCAUGCUGAACGUAUUGGUCAUGGUUAUGCUAUCAUAGAGGAUCCAUCAGUAUAUGAUUUAAUCCGUCGUAAUGAUAUUCAUCUUGAAUGUUGUUUAACAUCAUCCAUUCAGACAAAUGCUGUUGCUAAAUAUAUUCCAAAGGAUAGUGAAAAACAAGAAAAACAUAUUAUGUUACAUGGUCAUGAAACAACAACAACAUUACAUUACCACAUAAAAUCAAGAAAAGAAGUUUGGCAUCCAAUACAUCAUUUUGCUCGUGAUGAUUUAAAUUUUUCAUUAUCAUGUGAUGAUCCAUCUGUAUCACAAAUAACAAUUGAACAUGAAUAUCAACAUGCAUUAUCUGAUUUAAAAUUAUCACCAGCACAACUAACACAAUGUGUUUUUAAUGCAGCACGUUCAACAUUCUUAAAUGAUAAUGAAAAACAAUUACUAAUUCAACGUUUACUUGCUAAAUACAUUCCAAAACAAAUUAUGACAGACCAUUUUCAUGAUAAUAUGAUAUCAAAUACGGCAUUCACAAAAAAUACUUAA